UCGCUUCCCUUGCAGAGCACUACAAACAUCACUGGUUUCCUGAGAAACCGUUCAAAGGCUCUGGGUAUCGCUGCAUCCGGAUCAAUCACAAAAUGGACCCCAUUAUCAGCAAGGCAGCUAGCCAGAUUGGACUCAGCCUACCACAACUCUACCAGCUCCUGCCCAGCGAGCUCACGCUCUGGGUGGACCCCUACGAGGUCUCCUACCGCAUCGGUGAAGACGGCUCCAUCUGUGUCUUAUACGAAGCGACUGCAACCAAACCUGUGAGCUCCUACGGGAUGCUUACCUGCAAGAACCAGAUGAUGUUAGGUCGCACCAGUCCUUCCAAAAACUACAUCAUGACUGUCUCCAGCUAAAUAUUCCUCUUGUCCUUACACUGCCAAGACACAGGCUACUGUAUACCUCACCUGAGGAUCUAUUUUUAAGAUGAAGAGCUAUUUAUAUUUUUUAAAAAAA